UCCUCCCUCGUCCCCAGCCUGGACAGCCCAGGCCCAGAGCUGUGCGCCAGGCAUGCAGUUGAAGCCCAGCAGGUCUGAGUGUGCGAUUCUGCCAGUGCCCAGCCAGGUAGCUCGAUCGUUUUCCCAACGCCUCUGAUCCUCUUUGCUGCAAUGCAGAGUGGGUGUGAGGUCGCCUGCUUCUCAGGGUGCCAAUAAAGGAGUGACGUGCAGACUCGUGCAUGCUCCACGCGCUGCCUCUCUGUGCCGGGCCACCACACGUCGCCAAACAGGCUGUGGUACAGAUCUCCAUGAGCCGGUCCCAGAUAGCCCUGCUGGGCCUGGGCCUGCUGCUCAUGCUGCUGCUGUACGUGGGGCUGCCAGGCCCCCCUGGGCAGACCGCCUGGCUCUGGGGAGAUCCUAAUGUCACAAUCCUGGCUGGUUUCACCCCUGGCAACUCCCCCAUCUUUUACCGUGAGGUGCUCCCUCUCCACCGGGCACGCAGGGUGGAAGUGGUGCUGCUCCAUGGAAAAGCCUUUAACUCCCACACAUGGGAGCAGCUGGGCACACUGCAGCUGCUGGCACAGAGGGGCUACCGCGCUGUGGCCCUUGACCUCCCAGGUUUUGGGAACUCAGCACCUGCGAAGGAGGCAGUCACAGAGGCAGGCCGGGCACAGCUGCUGGAGCGCGUGCUGCGGGACCUGCAGGUGCGGAAUGCCGUGCUGGUGAGCCCCUCACUGAGCGGCCACUAUGCCCUGCCCUUCCUGAUGCAACACCACCAUCAGCUGCACGGAUUCGUGCCCAUCGCUCCUGCCUCCACCCAGAACUACACCCAGGAACAGUUCUGGGCCGUGAAGACCCCGACUCUCGUCCUGUAUGGGGAACUGGACCGCAUCCUGGCUCGGGAGUCGUUGCGGCAGCUUCGUCACCUGCCCAACCACUCCGUGGUAAAGCUGCACGGCGCAGGUCAUGCCUGCUACCUCCACAAGCCCAAAGACUUCCAUCUUGUCCUCCUCGCCUUCCUUGACCACCUGCCUUGAGCUCACCCCCUUAGCUUGAAGGGUCUGGACCAGUCUCCGACCAGGGAGGCAGCCCCUGGGAAUGGGGGGGGGGGAAGGCCAGAGGGCCACACCCAAUCAGGACCUCUCAUUUUAUCAUACAGGCACAAUAAAUAAAAGCGUUUUGUCAUGC